GAGAUGGUCCGACCGUUGAUUAAACUAAAUGAAACAUUAGGAUUUCUUUUCAAACUUUUCACAUUUUGUAAUGGAAUUACUUGAAAAGCAGCCAUUUUGAUUACGUUGGCUUCUCUGGCCUCGCUAGUGACGUAUGCCACAUUUUCAGAAAUUUUCCAAAUGCAAUGGAGCAUGCACAGAUCCAAACGUCAGAUGGUACACAAGUGAUGACCAUCAAUGGGCAACAGCUGCAAGUGCUGCAAAUGAAUAACAGUCCCCACAUGAUUCAAGGUCCUAAUGGACAACAAAUAGUCAUACAUGCUAUACCAUCAACAGCACCAACCAUACAGGUGGCAACCCCGACUGGUCAGCAAUUACAGCAACUACAAGUACUACCACUAUCUAGUUUACAAGGUACAAGCAACAAUAUACAGCCGAUGCAGUUAGUUCAGACUCCUGACGGACAAACAUACAUCUAUCAACCCACAGCAAGUGCACCACAACCACAGAUUGACCAACAUCAGAUUAUACACCAACCCGGCACCCUAUUGAACUUGAAUGGAAAUUUACUACAAGUGGCAGGUGUUGGCGGAGUACAACCACAACAAAUUGUCAAUCAGCCGAACAUAGUCAUGAUGGUAAAUGGCAACACAGCCUCAUCGAGUGAAGGGGCCACAUCCACAGCGGGAUCUGAUGAGGAGCCAUUACUGUAUGUCAAUGCCAGGCAAUACAAACGUAUACUGAAGAGACGAGCAGCUAGGGCUAAAUUACACGAACAAGGGAAAAUACCUAAAGAAAGACCUAAAUAUCUUCAUGAGUCAAGACACAGGCACGCUAUGAACAGGAUAAGAGGUGAAGGUGGGAGAUUUAAUUCCGGCAGCAGGAAGAAUAUGGAACAACAGGAACAGAAUACGUCCACCCAGGCUAUAUUGGAUGACAUCAAGCCUGAUACAGUGUCUAUAACAAUAAUUCAGGAUGAAGAAUUACAAGAGACCCAAACGAAUCAAUGGCGAAGACUGGCCCCACAACCGAUGACAUCGACAUAGCACAUAGAAAUAGAAAUACAUUCUGAUAAAAUGAACUGAGUCUGUGGAUAUGUGAUCAUCACAACAAGGAAAGACUGUUGAAUUAGUGUUUAAAUUAUAAAUAAUAUAUCAUUGGUUUGUUUAUUAUAACACAAAAGGUAAUUGCAAUAUAUUUAAUAUCUCCCUUAUAGUU